GCCUUAGAUUUUUGCUACACUGGCCGGAAGUGCUCCCCUGGAGUCACAUUGAAGGCGAAAAGCCCGGUCACAGCAAUACAAGUGACCAGGGCCCAUCCAUUCCUCAUGACUUUAUCUGGAUAAUCAUCAAAAUGUUUGCCUCUAAGGUUGCCCCCAGUCUAAGUCUACUACGCAGGGCAACAUGUGCCCUUCAGGCCCAAGGAGAAAUUUUGAAUGGGUGUGUAUCACGUCUUCUUCCUGCUUACUGCCCCUCGCUAACACAGAAACAGAGAAACUACUCCACAGCAGCCAACAACACAUCUCCUCCUCGAUGGGUACAGCUUGAGCCUGAACUCGAGGAGGCUCUUGUACCGCGCAAACUGUCAGUAAGUCCUCUAGAGAGCUGGCUCUCGCUGCGCUACUCCUUGCCUCCCGCGCUGGAGUCUGCUCCACUGCAGGAAGAUGUGGGGCUUCUGGGAGAGAAAGUGCUGCCACCCAUGGCUGCCCCUGUUAUGGAGGAUGGGGAAGGUUUAAUAACACCACUUGAAUGCAAGAAUGUAUUGGAGAUCCGACGACGGAAGAUGAACCGGCAUAAAUACAAGAAGUUCCAGAAGAGGGUCAAAUUCUUGAGGCGGAGAGUGAAGGAAGGCAGGAUAAAAAAGAAGCAGAAACGGUUUGAGAAGGACCUGAAGAGGAUUUGGUUCAAAGCUGGACUGAAGAUGUCUCCGGAUGAAUCGAAUUUACCUAAGCUCUACCUAAAGCAUCACAGAAGUGUGAAAAACUGACAGUUCUUUGAGUUUGUGUCACCUCACAUUGUACAUAAUCUAAUAAAGCUCAUUCUGUGUUAA